CCUGCUCAGAAGGCUCCUGUUGCAGAGGGCUUGCUUUUCCCUCGCCUCUGGUGAAGGCCUUGUGGAUUACAGCAUGGGAAGACUGACCAGGAAGAAGGCUGUGGAUCCCAGGAAGAAGCCUCUCUUUGUUCUUGCUGCUGUCCUGCUGCUCAGCUCAGCAUGUGCAGGGCAAGAGGCCUAUGUCCCAGGGCAGCCCUGCUCUGACUUUCAGACUGCAAGCUUCUUACAGGGCACGAAACUUAAGGUCCAGUUUCUUCUGUUCACCUCCUCAAACCCCAGCUGUGGGCAGCUGAUAUCACUUGGCAAUGACAUCAAGAACUCCAACUUCAAUACCAGCCUGGACACCAAGAUAAUAAUCCAUGGCUUCAGAGCACUGGGCACAAAGCCCUCUUGGAUCAAUGGACUCAUGGGUGCAUUAUUCCGAGCUGCCAAGCUGAAUGUGGUCGCAGUUGACUGGGUUUAUGGAGCUACAAGAACCUACCCUGGUGCUGUGGAAAAUGUCAUGGAGCUGAGCAUAGAGAUCUCUCGUUUCAUCAGCAAGUUGCUGGCACUCGGAGUGUCAGGGACAUCUAUCCACCUCAUUGGGGUGAGCCUUGGAGCACAUGUUGCAGGUCUGGUGGGGCAGUUCCAUGAAGGCCAGCUGGGAAGGAUUACAGGGCUGGAUCCUGCGGGGCCCAAGUACACAAAAGCCAGCCGUGAGGAGCGCCUGGAUCCUGGAGAUGCUCUCUUUGUGGAAGCCAUUCACACCGAUACAGACAAUUUUGGUAUCCGGAUUCCUGUAGGCCAUAUUGAUUACUUCAUCAAUGGAGGCAAAGACCAGCCUGGAUGCCCCCAGUUCAUCUCAUUAGGGUAUAACUAUCUGAUCUGUGAUCACAUGAGGGCGGUACAUCUCUAUGUCAGUGCCCUGGAGAAUUCCUGUCCUAUGAUGGCAUUUCCAUGCUCAAGUCAUGAAAAUUUCCUUGCUGGCCACUGCUUGGACUGUUACAAUCCUUUCCUGCUCUCCUGUCCCAGAAUAGGGCUGUUGGAGCGCGGUGGAGUCAGCGUGGCAAAGCUCCCUGAGGAAGUGAAAGUUUACUUGGUGACUGCCUCCUCAGCCCCAUACUGCAUGUACCACAGCCUGGUGGAGUUUCACUUGCAGCAGAAGAGAAGCUUGGUCACCAACCUUGAGAUCACCUUCCGCAGCAGCAACUCUACAGCCAGCAUGAAGAUCACCAUACCUAAGCAGCAGCAGCUGGGCAAAGGGGUGCUGGCUCACCCAGUCCCACUGUGCCAGAUAAAUGCGGUAACGCUGAAGUAUCUCCCCAAGUCGCAAAUCUGGAAGAAGGACAAGGCCAUCAUCGUUGGCAACUUCUGUACAACCGCACUGCCUGUCAGUAAUCGUGAGAAGAUGUUUUGCCUGUCUCAGUAUGUGUCCCUGACAGCGAGCAGGCCCUUUGAACAUGACCUGGCAGUGGCCUGUGCAUAGGAGAGUGCCCUGGAGCAUGUAGCAUGCACAGGCACAGCGCUGGGCUCCAAAAUUUAUUUCCUCCCUCUGGACGAUACUUCCUCCAAAAAGGACAGAACCAGUUGGAUUUUUCAUCCACCCACCUUGAGGAUAGAAUGAAUAACAGCUCUGGGAAGAGAAGUGCACUGCCGAAAGGAAAGACUAUGGUCAAGUGGUCAGACUGGCAGAUUGGCAGUUAGGAUUCGUGGGCUCUAUUCCCAGCUCUACAAAUGCACCAUUGUGAGACCUUGGACAAAUCGCUUAAUCUUGGCUUCUCCCAUUGUCAAAAGGGCUGGUAAUAAUCAUCUUUCAAGAGGAUUGUGAGCGUUAGUUAAUUCCUUAAUGUUUCUAAAGUGCUUUGAGUUCUUCACAUUAAAUGCCCCAGACGUGCAAAUAUUAUUGCUAUUAGU